AUGGUGGAAACAGACACGAACGGCCCGACAUGGAAGUUCACUCAGUGCUUCGGUGACAAGGGGGACGUUGAGGACAUCACAGAAGCCGAUAUCAUCUCGACAGUGGAGUUCGACCAUACGGGAAAUUAUCUAGCAACAGGCGACAAGGGUGGACGCGUAGUGCUCUUUGAACGUAACGAAACAAAGAAGACCUGCGAAUACAAGUUCCACACCGAAUUCCAGUCCCACGAGCCGGAGUUUGACUAUCUCAAAUCACUGGAAAUUGAGGAGAAGAUCAACAAGAUCAAGUGGUGCCGGCGACAGAAUGCUGCCCACUUCCUUUUGUCGACCAAUGAUAAAACCAUCAAGUUGUGGAAGGUGUUUGAGAAGUCGCUAAAGGUUGUGGCCGAAAACAACCUCUCCCAAGAUCUGACUCCCGGGGGUAUAGCUGGCGGAGGUGGCCGCCCGGUACCCAUCAAGUUUCGAAGUCCCAAUGACUUGAAGCUCCCGAGACUAACGCAUCACGACACGGUUGUGGCUGCUGUGCCUCGUCGAGUCUAUGCCAAUGCCCACGCUUACCAUAUCAACAGCAUUUCAGUGAAUAGCGAUGGCGAAACAUUCAUCAGCAGUGACGACCUGCGGAUCAACCUCUGGAACCUCAAUAUCCAAGACCAGAGCUUCAACAUAGUCGACAUCAAGCCGGCGAACAUGGAAGAGCUCACUGAGGUCAUCACGGCAGCCGAGUUCCAUCCCAUUAGCUGCAACUGGUUUAUGUAUGCUAGUUCCAAGGGAACCAUCAAGCUGGCCGAUAUGCGGCAGAGUGCCCUUUGCGAUCAGCAUGCGAAGCUCUUUGAGCAAGAAGAGGAUCCCGCGUCCCGAUCCUUCUUUUCUGAGAUUAUUUCGUCCAUUUCCGAUGUCCGCUUUUCAUACGACGGAAGAUAUAUUCUCUCCCGCGACUAUUUGACGGUAAAGAUUUGGGAUAUCAAUAUGGAGAGGCAGCCCAUCAAGACUAUCCCGAUCCACGAACAUCUCAGACCGCGACUGUGCGAUACGUACGAGAACGACAGCAUCUUUGACAAGUUCGAGGUGGUGUUCUCGGGCGAUGGAAAGAAUGUUAUGACGGGUAGUUAUAACAACAAUUUCAUGAUCUACCCGUCAGACCCUGACAAGGAGGUGGAAAUUGUGUUGCAAGCAGACAAGUCUGCCUUUAAGGCCAAGAAGGUGGGCGUUCCUCAGCCCAUUGGCUCGUCAACAAGCCCAACAGCAAAUGGCAAGAAGGGCGGCUCGCGGGCGGGUAGCCCGGCAGCACCAGGCCUGGGCCAGCGGAUGCGUAAGGAGACAGACGCCGACCAGAUCGAUUUCAACAAGAAGAUCUUGCACAUGAGCUGGCAUCCCUUUGAAGACAGCAUCGCCAUCGCUGCAACGAACAACCUCUUUGUCUUCUCCGCUUUGUAG